CGGGGUGGUUGGGGCGGUAGUUUAAUUACGUGCCCGGGAAUUGCGACGGUUCGGACUCUGGCUUUGGGGCGUAUUUUAAAAAGGAAAAAGUGCUGCUGCCGUGGAGUGGGGCUGGUGGAGGGUGAGGUGAAUACGCCGAUUUGAAACCCAAGGACAGUAAACGCUCCGUCUCCCCCAGCGACGCUCUCCCGCGGGCCCGGCAGUCGCCUCGGGAGCCCGCGGAGAACAUGGCGGCGCCCAGAGCCCGGGGCUGCGGCCUGUCAGGCCUGCUCCCGGCGCAGACCUCGCUGGAGUACGCCCUGCUCGACGCCGUCACCCAGCAGGAGAAGGACAGCCUGGUCUACCAGUAUGUGCAGAAGGUGGACGGCUGGGAGCAGGACUUGUCAGUGCCCGACUUUCCGGAAGGAUUAGAAUGGCUGAACACCGAAGAGCCUAUGUCUGUCUAUAAGGAUCUAUGUGGAAAAGUGGUCGUCCUUGAUUUCUUCACCUACUGCUGCAUAAACUGUCUUCACCUAUUGCCUGAUCUCCAUGCAUUAGAACACACAUACUCUGAUAAAGAUGGUCUUCUUGUUGUUGGUGUUCACUCGGCUAAGUUUCCAAAUGAAAAAGUCCUGGAUAACAUUAAGAGUGCUGUUCUUCGGUACAAUAUCACUCACCCUGUGGUUAAUGAUGCAGAUGCCAGCCUAUGGCAAGAACUGGAAGUUUCCUGCUGGCCAACUCUGGUCAUACUUGGACCCCGUGGAAACAUGUUAUUUUCUUUAAUUGGCGAGGGACACAAAGAUAAAUUAUUUUUAUAUACUUCAAUAGCUCUAAAGUAUUACAAAGACAGGGGACAGAUCAGAGAUAAUAAAAUUGGGAUAAAACUGUAUAAAGAUUCUUUGCCACCUUCACCAUUGCUAUUUCCUGGCAAAGUAACAGUAGAUCAUGUUACUAAUAGAUUGGUAAUAGCAGACACUGGACAUCAUAGAAUUUUGGUCGUUUGGAAAAAUGGACAAAUUCAAUACAGCAUUGGAGGACCCAACCCUGGAAGAAAAGAUGGAGUAUUUUCAGAGUCAACUUUUAAUUCUCCACAGGGUGUAGCCAUAAAGAAUAAUAUCAUAUAUGUGGCAGACACUGAGAACCACCUUAUAAGAAAGAUUGACUUAGAAGCUGAGAAGGUGAGCACUGUAGCUGGCAUUGGAAUUCAAGGUACAGAUAAGGAAGGUGGAGCAAAAGGAGAACAACAACCCAUUAGUUCCCCUUGGGAUGUAGUUUUUGGAUCAUCAGGUUCAGAGGUCCAAAGAGAUGACAUUCUGUGGAUUGCCAUGGCCGGCACUCAUCAGAUAUGGGCACUCCUAUUGGACUCUGGCAAACUACCAAAGAAAAAUGAGUUAAAAAAAGGAACUUGCCUUCGGUUUGCUGGAAGUGGAAAUGAAGAAAAUCGAAACAAUGCAUAUCCUCACAAGGCGGGUUUUGCCCAACCUUCAGGCCUUUCUCUGGCCUCUGAAGAUCCCUGGAGCUGCCUAUUUGUAGCAGAUAGUGAGAGCAGUACGGUGAGAACCGUCUCGCUGAAAGAUGGAGCAGUGAAGCACCUUGUAGGGGGAGAAAGAGAUCCCAUGAAUUUAUUUGCUUUUGGUGAUGUUGAUGGAGUAGGAAUCAAUGCAAAGCUUCAGCACCCCCUUGGAGUAACAUGGGACAAGAAAAGGAACUUACUUUACGUGGCAGACUCCUACAAUCACAAGGUUAAAGUUGUGGAUCCAAAAACAAAAAACUGUACAACAUUAGCAGGAACUGGAGACACAAAUGAUGUUAUCAGUUCCAGUUUUACCGAGUCAACUUUUAAUGAACCAGGAGGCUUAUGUAUUGGAGAGAAUGGUCAGUUGUUAUAUGUAGCAGACACCAAUAAUCAUCAAAUUAAAGUGAUGGAUUUAGAAACAAAAAUGACUUCUGUGCUUCCCAUCUUCACAUCUGAAAAUGCUAUGGUAGAUGGCCCAUUCCCAGCAGAAAAACAGAGGACAUUACCAAAACUGCCUAAAUCCGCUCCAAGCAUUGGGCUUUCCCCCAUGACUGCGAGUCCUGGCCAGACUCUACAGUUCAAACUGAGAUUAGAACUCCCGUCAGGAGCAAAACUAACUGAAGGAGCACCCAGUUGCUGGUUUCUAUCAGCUGAUGGCAAUGAAUGGCUUCUUCAAGGCCAGAUACCAUCUGGAGACAUAGAGAACAUUUCCAAUCAGCCGACAAUUUUACUGCAGAUUCCUGGUGAUUGCCUGUCACUUGAAGCCGUUGUCUCUGUCAGCGUGUUUCUUUAUUACUGUAGCGCAGAUAGCAGUGCUUGCAUGAUGAAGGCAAUUUUGUUCAGUCAGCCUUUGCAGAUAACUGAUACAGAGCAAGGUCACAUGGCUCCAGUAGAGCUCAGGUAUGUGUUUUAGCAAGCCAGCUAGCAACCCGUUGCCACAGCCCCCACUUCUCAUCCUCACCAUUACUGUAACUUAUGAAAGAAAAUUCUGUUUCUGCCUCUGGAUGCCAAGACACCCAUUGCGCAGUUCUAGCAACUGAUGUUAAAAUAAAGCUAUGCUCCUUACUUUUUUAUUGUGAACAAAUUCCUUUGUUCUGGCUGCAUACUAGCUAAGUCAUUGAUCAUCAUUUGGACCAUGACAUUGUAGUCUGUGCUGCAGUUUGGCACAAGACUAAAGUCCACACUAUAGGAGAGAAUAUUAUCCUAAGAUAAUUUGCAGUGAAUACUAAUAAUAGUACCAGAUAUUUCAACUAACUUUUUCUAUCUUUAUUAAUAGCACACAUGAAUGUGUAAAUUUCACAGUAACUUUAGACAGAACUUAAGUUUCAGUCCAUGGUUGUGUAAGGACACCUGCUGUUCAAGGCAUAAGGUCUGUUGUAAGCCAAAAAAAGUUUUUUCAUCACAGUGUAAGCUUAAAGCAUACACGUAUGGUAAAUAUGAUCUUUAUUCUUUUCUGUGAUUGUCUCAGUUGAGAUAUUUUUAAGAGAAUUUUGAUUGAUUUUUAUCAUAAAUUAUUUUAACAUAUCAUUAUUAAUGCCUUAUAACUUUAUAUAGAUAAAGUUGCACAUAGACCCAUUCCUUUAACUUUGUUUUUGAAUGAACACAUUCUUACCAAAUAAUUAAUGAGUCUUCAGAAAUAUUAUGACUUUUAAGGAAAAAGGAAGUUAGGGAUACAUUACUGUCUGUGACAAAGAAUUUAUUGUGACAGCUGAAUCUGAUGUAAAUGGCUAUAUAUGUUGUUUGGGAAAUUUACAUUUCACUUAUAAGCAUUGAAUGCAGAUUUAUUGGGUUUCGUUGUACAUUUUUUUGGUUCCCAUAUUCAGAAUUUAAAUUAUCAUUUAUUGUGAUGUUUUUAAAAAUCAUUUUGAGACUUCAAAGUCAAAUUUUCAAUGUGAUGUACUGUCAUGCUAUUAAUAGGUAUAAUAUAUCCUAAUAUACCACUCUCUAAAAUAUUAAGGCUAAAACAGUGAUUUAAUGAUACUGUUUUUGAUUUUUUUAAACCCCAAGAGAAAUAGCCACUGAAGAUAAUUGAAAGAUUUUUUUAUUAUCAAAAUUUAUCUUUAUAACUAUUUAAAAGCCUAUUGUUUUAUUCCUAAAACUGAUUCAACAUAUUUGUGAUUUAAUCAGCUUACAAGAUUUUUAAGAAAGUAGAUGAACCAUGUUUAUUUAUUUAAUAAAUAUUUAUAGACAAUAUGGCAUAAUGUGCUUCCCUCCACCUCAAAAUCAGUGCUAAAUUUAAAGUCUCUUCCCAUUUCUUUAUAGUUUUUUGAAAUACAGUUUUGAAACAUAGUUUGUUUUAUUUAUAAGGUUAGCUAAAUCUCUGAAAUAAGAGAUUAUAUAAAUCAUCACUUUGAUUUAGGUAGUAACCUACUAAAGCUAUUUUUUAAGAGAAGUAUAAAUGUAAAAUGAAAAGGAAUCCUGUUUAAAAUUAUAUGUAAUUACCUCAUAGCCUUUUCUCUUCAUAGUUAGACAAAUAAUGUUCUGUAAGAAAAGGAUGUAUAACGUUUAUAUACUCUUUUAUAGAGAAUAGGCCUUAGUUAUUUUUUUAUCUCACUUAUUAUAUUUCUCAUUUCUAGUUGGACAGGAUGAGAAUAUUUUGGCUCAAAAAUUUCCUGUUUAAGGACAUAAAUGAUUUGUUUCACUCUCCAAAAAAAGUAUAUAUAGUUUUAAGUUGCUAAUUUAGAAAUACCUGAUAAUUUGAUUUUCAUUAUAAUACACAAACACACACACACAGUAUGUAUGAUAUAUUUUCAUGUAAAUUGAAAAUCCAAAAAUACUUUUUAGAAUCUAUUAAUUCUCCUUUGUUUACACAGUUUUAGUUUACUCUCAAGAUUAUACUUUUCUUGACUUUCAAAGUAUAGUUGUUUUGAACAUUCUUACCCACUCUUAGUCUACAUUGUUUUUUACAUUAAAAAUAUUAUUUUUCAUGGAUUAGUAUGAUUUUGAAUGAAUCACACUAAAGCAAUGUAAAUAGGUUCCUGGAAUUUAUGACUAGCUUAAAGCUCUUACAUGAGAGGAAGCACUAGAAAGUUUAUUUUAAAAACUUCUUGAUCCAUAUCUGCUUUCUGUUUUCUAUGAGGAUUUCUGUAUAUUUUUAAAUUUUCCUUUUUUGUCACGUAAAUUAUUAUGUCCAGUGAUAGUUUAAAAAGUGAUAUUUUAGUGUAAGUCACCUUAAUGUCACCAGUAAUGUGGCAUUAUACACACUUUGACAUAAUACCUGGAAUCUUUGCCUUAAAUUAUUCUGCCUAUUUGUCACUUUUUUUUCUUUCCCUUUUUGUGGUAUCAUUUCACAAAUGGUAGAAUUUUUUUUUUCUGAAUUCAUACUCAGGACUGAUACGAUUCCUAUAAAGAAUUUUGCUUAUUUUGAAUAUUCUAUCUCAAGCAAAUAUUUAACCUAUUCAUAAGGCAAAACAUUGCAGUUUAAUCACUCAUAAGUCUAACUUUGGCAGAGAAAAUUUUCUCCUUUAACUAUUAUAAUAAUAUAUGAUUUUUAUUAAUAUUAUAGUACUAUCAAGUCUUCAGAAAGCGAUAAACCAAAAAAAGUUUAGUAUGUGUGCAAGAGUAUCUGUGUGUAGUGUAUAUGUGUAUACAUGUAUGUAUAUAUACAUACAAAGAUACAAAGAUCAAUUCAAGAAUUACUUGUCUUUUAUGGCCAAUAUACUUUGGAGCUAAUACCACUGAGUUAAGUUAUUCUUUGUUUAUUGUUCUAUAGUUGGAAAAUUUGGGAAGAUACUCAAAAUACGUAUCUCUAUAAUAUAAUAAUUUUCUAACUUCUGAAAAUUUACUGCAAUUUAUCUCUGCGAAUUGGAAAGACUUGAAUCCAGUCAUUAUAUUUGGCAUGUUUAAGAGCAAUCAUCAAAACCUAAGUAAAUUCUGCAGUUCAUAAUUGCAUAGAAAUAUAUGCAGAGGGAAUUUCAGUAAUGGUUCUCUUGAAUGAUGGAAUUAUGGAUAUUUUUAUUGUAAUUUUACUUUUCUGCAUUUAUUUUCAGUGAGCAACUUGUUAUUUUUAAAAUCAGAGAAAACUAAAAUUUUUUAAACAUUUAAAGUUAACUGAAUUGUAAGCACUUACAUAAUAACUUUUUUAAAGUCACUUUUAUUACCAAAGAUCGGAACAUAGUUUGGAGUUCCUUAGAUCUACCAGUUCUCUUUACUGAAGUAUAUGAUUUCAUGAAGAUAGAAAUUAUUAUGGCUUUUUUGUUCUGGUGUUUUUAUUGUGUAACACAAUGUAGUGGUUAACAGUAUGAACUUUGUGGUAACUUAGAUCUAAUUCUAUAAAAUGGGGCUAAUAUACUUGUUUCAUGGGAUUUCUAUAAGUAUUUAAUGAUAUAUUGUUCAUAAAGCAUUUAGUAAUUAAUGAAACUGGUAAUCAUUGGCUUAGUUAAUAUAAAGGUAAUUUAUGCCCCUAGACACACAUGACCUGACAUUUUCUUUGCAACUGCAAUUUCUAAAGGAAAAUAUUUUUCCUAACAACUAUUUGUUAAUAUUCUCUGUAGAGUUGGGGUUAAAGAAGCAUAUUGCUAUUUUAUAAAUAAUAUUUAUUAAUAAAGAAGCAUAUCUAUAGUUUUAUUAAAAUUUUUAAAAAGACCCUUUGGAACUGGAGGUAAUAAACUUGCUUUGAAAGGAUCCAGACAUACUCAUCCUGAACCACAUUCCUACAUGUGUCCAACAACUUGCACCAGAAUACUUAUGUCUUAACCAAAAAGUUUCACUCUGGUGGUGCUUUACAAAAUCUUCAAAGUGCUUUCAUGUAUAUUGCCUCACUUGAGCUUCAAAAUAACUUUAUAAAUGAGACACGUAGAUGUUGUGUCCAUUUUGCAGAAGAGACAGCUUUGGAAUAUUGGUGACAUCAGAAAGGUCCCAGAAUAAUGCCCAGGGCUUAAAGAGGCACCUGGUGCCAGUAGGGGCUCAAUUCUGUCAAAUGAUUUAAGAGCGAAUAGUGGAUCUUUAAUGCAGGCACAGGUCUCCUAACUCCAUGAUGUAGAGGGAAAACAAACUACUAAAUUAAGAGUACUUAUUUAAUUUAAGCUUUCAAAUCAAGUAAUAAGAAUCAUAGUAAAUUUUUUGAGUUCUUACUAUUUCCUAGCACUUUUCUAAAUGCUUUACAUGUAUUAAUUCAUUUAAUCUUCACAAUAACCUUAUGAAAAAGAUACUAUUUUUCCUUAUUUGACUGAUAAGGAAACUGAGACACAGGUUAAGCAGUUACAGCAGCAUAUCAAGAGCACACCUGUAGGAAGUGGCACAGCCUGCAUGGGAGUCUGCUCAAAUCCCUGCUGUAUUGCCUCUCAAAGUAGUUUUUUUUUUUUAAAGCAUAAAUAUUUCAUAACUUUAUAUAGCAACUUGAUCCAUAGAACCCCAAAGUCCUGGCAAUGAUUGUUUCUGAAAUUUAAAUAAAUCCAUUUAAUUAGAUGACUUUAAUUGUUGUUUCUCAAACGAUUUUAUGUACCACUCUUUCUUAAUUUCAGAUAUUAUCCAGAGUUUUUCUUGGCAGGUGGAUAUAUUAAAGAAAAAGCUUUCCAGUGUUAGUUCCGACAGUGCUGUUUCAAUUGGUCUUCAAAAGGUAAUUAGGACCUUGUCAUAAAGAAUCAUGGAUUCCUAGCACAGGACUGUCUUUGACCCUAAGAAUCUUACUCAUAUUUAAGAAAAUUUUGUUUUAUUAGCCAAAGGGAGCUCUAGAAAUAUAGUCUUCUGCUUUCUUUUUUCAUAAAUAACAAUGAUAUGUAGACCUCUCCUAAAUAAUUCAAAUAUAUGCAAUUCUAUUAAAGUUUUCACCAAGUUCAACCUAUUAUUCUAGCAUUAGGUACUAUUAAAAGGAAUGAAGCAAAGUGCUACAUACCAAUUAUUGUGAUUCAUGAUCAUCCACAUACAGAAUGCAAACAUCUUUUCAUUGUUAAAUAGUUGGUUAAUUAAGUAAUAUGGUGCAGUUGAUUUUGUUAUAAAAUCCCAUUCCUGAAGUCCAUAAGAAAAUGGAUAGCAACUUAAGAAAGUGAUAAUAGUGUCAUACUUUAAAAGUAGAAUUCACUGUUAAUCACCAAGAUUGCCUUUUCCUCCACCUGUGGCACAUAGCUUAUUUAAAUGAAGAAUUACUGCUAGCCAUAAGUUACUAUUUUGUCUUGAAUAGUUAAAAGUUUGCUUUUCUCUCACUUCUUAACAAUAGGGUAAUAUAAAGAAUUGUAUUAAAAAUUAAAGGCUCAACUAAUCUGCCUGUAUAUGUAUUCCAUAACUAACAAACCUUGGCCCUUCCACAUAUUAGACCUGCAGGUUGGACUGGCUGUCUCUGGCUUUCAGAUGGCUGAUCUGAUCCCAGAGAGCCUGGGUAGAAUGGGACAGGAGGCAGCCCCACACAGCUCUUCUGAUUAUACCCAUUCCAUUGUAGCUCUUCUUAGUGUGCUGGUUUAGUUUAAUAUUUUCAAAGGUUAGAGUUGGAAAAUGAAAACCUUAGAUACUUGUUGUGGAAUGUUUGCCUAGUUAUAGUUAUUCAUUGUUUGGUGUGUCCUUCUUCUUCACUGGCAUGUCGCUCUCAAGUGUACCAAAGGACAUUUUUUCUGUUGAAAACAGUAGGACCGAAAGGAAAGUAUCACAAGUGUUUCCAAAUAUACUUCCCUACCUAUACCAGCAACCGUAUACUAAAAAGCACUAAGCAAGUACAAAUGAGCACUAAACAACCUUAUACCAAAAAGCAUUCUUGUGACUGUCAGGGUAUGGUGUGAAUUCCUUUCUCUUUAAGCAGCAACUUAGAGGCCUGGUGGUUUUAAGUAACACAGCGUUAAGCAAAAUUGUCAGAUAUUUUUAAUAUUGGAAGCUUAAAACUAUAAUAUGGACAAACAUCAUUUACUACCUUUUGUUAUUUUAAUAUACUUGGUUACAUAUUUCUAUUUGAAAUGUGAAAGGAUACCUCAUAAUCUGAUGCUGAGAAAUAGAGAAAAAAAUCAGCUCUCAUAUUUAAAUAUUCCCAAUUUAAGUAGGAAUAAUUAUCUAGUGUGUGCUAAGCUCAUGGGAAAUACAUGUUGAAGUAAAUGUGAGAAAACAUUAGUUGAUAGAUUAUGCUAAUGAAAGGUAAAAAUAGACAUGUUCCUAUCUGAAAAUUUAGGACUCUGUCAUGCAACUAUCUUUUCUUUUUAGAAUUUAUAGUCAUUAUUCUUAGUCCCACCAGAAACAUUCAUUCUUUGAACAAGUGCAGGUAUACCUGGUGUGUUUAUUACACUUUUCAAAACGCUAGCAGGUUUUUCUCUAUAGAGUUGAAAUGUAUUGUUCAUGCAUGCCUGUGAUAUUCAUCAUCAGUAUAUACCUAUAAAAGAUAAAUUACCACUUCCUCUCUACACCUUAGGGUUCCCUCUCAAUAAAAGCAAUAGUAGUUUCUAUAGAAGUUUCACUGAGGAACUGUGGUUACACAAAUAACAGACACAGAAAAAUUUUAUUAUGGUGGGUUUUUUUCCCUAGAAUUCCUAAAAUUUCAAAGGAAGAGAACAAUACCCUAUGUGAAUUCAAAUUAAUUUCUCUCUACUUUGAGGCAUACCUUUCUAACUAUAUUUAUGUAGGUUAAUAUUUUUUAAAAAUUUGAAUUCUCACUUUUAAGGUGCACAGAGAGCAGUUUAGAAAUGUUGUAAUUGCUGUCAUUGCUUCACAUGUGGAUUAUGAACAAAUCAAAGUUAGCUGUGUGAUUGAUAUCUAUAUAUAUUUAUCACUGUUUCAAAUUGUAACAUUUCAUAAACAUGUCAAAUUUUAGACGCACUCUUUCCUGUCUUGUGUGUGGAUAAAGUUUGUGGUUUUAUUUCUGAGAUUAGCGUUAGUCUGAUGUGCUGAUUUCAUGUCUGUCAUUCCAAAGAUUUGAUGAUAUUUAUUUUUUUCUCCAAUGAUUAAAAAUACAGUGAAAAUCCAAUUUACAAGUUCAUGUAUUAGUAUUUCUAGACAUGGUCUAGUUGUAAAAGAAUUUACUUGGUGUGCAUUUUUUAAGUGUUUCAUGUAGACAGAUUAAUAUAUUUUUAUACAACACUGUAUUUCUACACUUGUUUCAAGACUGUAUUCUUCAGUGACUUUUUCAAGUGCAUAUGUUAACAGAAGACUGUUUGGAAUAAGAGUGCAAUGGCCUUUAUAACUCUAAAGAGUGUAAUACAAGUGAUCAUAGAAAGCGAGAAUGGAUUUAUACUUGUAUGUGGAAACCUAAUGCCUCUUUUCUAAAGCUUUGUACAUUUUUUUCAUGAAAUAGAUUAAAUAUUUUCUCUCUAA